AUGGGCCAAAUUCGGCAAGGAAAGAGAGACAAAGAAAGCCCGGAUCACGCUACGACGACAGUCGGCGAGAACGUUACGCUCAAGAUAACUGCCGGUAACAAAUCCUCGGAACCGGAACCAUUCGCAGAACGGACGAUCAAGGCUGAACUUGUGAAAGCGGGAGGUGGAAAAGUCUCUUGGCCGGAAACAUCAGACACUCCUGACGAGGGUCCCUCCCUCGAUGCGCAUACGUGGGCCAGGCGAAUCGAUGCCCCGGGUUUGGGUGCCGGUGGGCCAGGCACCUCACGUGAUGAGUUCCCCACGCUACGCGUGACCAACAUCUCCGAAGAAACCCAAGAAAACGAUCUACGCGAGUUCUUUGGAGCUUUGGGUAGUGUCAUCCGUGUGUAUGUCGGGAGGGAUAGAGAGACGGGUAUUGGUGAAGGUUUUGCUUUCGUGAGCUUUGAGGAUUGGAUGAGUGCGCAGAAUGCGAUGGGGAAGUUGAAUGGGAAGGGCAAACUUGAGGGCAUAGCGAACAAGCUGGAUCUGCAGCGGACACUGGCAAAGCGUAUUAUUUCUAAAAAGAUGGCAGACAGGCUCCCACCCGAGCUCUGGUCUCACAUCUUCGACCUCGCCGCGGACGAGGAUGUCAUAUUCUAUCCAGGUCUGCCAACCAGCAUGGCUCAGUCCACCUGGGCUCGCGCCAUCUAUGGCGACUGGAAGGUCAGAACACCACAGGAUACCAUCAACAUCAUACAGCGGAGGAGUUACGCGACGAAGAAAGCCAUCAUCCGAACCUGCAAACGAUGGAGACAACUUGGAACCGAGUUCCUCGUCCGAUGUCUCUUCUUUGACAAUCCCACUAAACUGCGUGACCUUCGUCGCAUCCUGGACAGAGAUACAUCCCUGGGGUGGUGGGUUCGUCGCUUGCACAUCACCCAUUUCUUCAACGGGCGCGGUCCAACCAUGGACGACUUUGAAGAGCCCCUCCUGGCCAUCCUCGCGCAGACGCCCAACCUUGAAAUAUUUAUCGUAGAUUGGCCAAUGUCAACCGCGUUCGGAGCCGUCGCUGAUACGCUAGGAGCAUACUGUCGCAACCUCCGCACAGCCCACUGGCAUGUCCCAUCCGAACUGGUCUCCAAAGUUAUAUGGGCACUCGCAUCCCUUCCUAGUCUCAUCUCUGUCCACCUCACAUUCGACGAGGCAAUCAAAGAACCUGACACUAUCACCCUCGGAUCCGCGGAAUCCGUCAAACUGACUCUACCUAGUCUCCAACAACUCUUUCUAAAGGGGUUCUGCCAGGAGUUUAUGGAACAAGCUGCGGGGUGGACGUUACCUAUGUUCAACACUUUCUCCUUCGACUUUGGAGCUAAUACGCACGACAUACCUGACGUCACUGGUUUCCUCGCCCAACACGGUGCAACUCUUCUCUUCCUUGAUCUAAACUGCGUGCCCGCACUAGACAUACGCGCCAUCCUGGAUCUCUGUCCAAUCCUUACCACCUUCUGCUUCAACCUCGACUGGAAAAUCCCCCCUCCCGAACGAUCUACCUCCCUCAAUCAUGAUGGCUCCAACAACGACCCCAAUGCCGAUUUAGAUGCCGAUCUCGCUCCGAUAUCCCUAACCAACCGCCCACACGAGCACAUCCGCCACAUAGGUCUCCAUGGGUGCAUAUACGCCUUCGGAGUCGGUUACGCCUCCGCAUACAUCUCCGCUGACCCCUUGCGCACGCUCCUCGUCCAGCGCACUAACGACGCCAACUUCCGCGCUCUCUCUCGCGCAUCGUUUCCCCGCCUCGAGCGAGUGAGGAUUCUGAACCCGCUAUUGUUGCAGGAUUUAAAUGACGAAAAUGGACCGAGAGCAGGCGAGUGUUUUGAGAGAUGGGAAAGGUGGUGGGAUGCAUGCGAAUCCAUGCGUGUGAGAUUGGAAGAUUGUUCGGCCGGGCUGCUAGGGAACCUCCCGCGGGAUCCUGUCGGAGAACCCGACGGGAGUGACGAAGAAGAGGAAGGCGAGUAUGAGGAUUAUACAGACCACGAGGAAGAACGGACGUCAGCAAGGGUGAGCAAUGUCGCCGAGUUAAGGGAGCUUUUGGAGGAGUGUAGAAGGAUGUCGGCGGAGGCUGACCAGCAACCAUCAUUUUUCUUCCCACUUUGA